CGCUGACCCAGAUUUUAAGAUUUUCAAGACAUUUGCAAAUUAUAAAGAUUUUCACCUACUUCAUGUCAUGUGUGAAGCGAUGGAGUCGGUGGAGAUGGAAUGUGACCAGGACAGCGGCCAAGACAUCACAUCGAGCCAGCCUGCCCAGCCAUCACAAUCCUCCCAGCAACAUACACAAUCAGGAGUGACGUCAGAUGGAGUAAGCAGCAACUCGGACCUUUGUCGGUCUGCGGAGUCCUCCAGCGGCGACCAGUCGUGCGACUGUAGCAGCUCAAUCUGUCCACCUGUCUCCAUCUCCCAACAGCGGUCAGCUGUGAAAAGUCAACAGGCUUUUGGGCAGAACGAGUGUGACGCAUCUGGGAGAUACGAACAGAUAUCUCAGCCUGACAAUUCAGGAAAUGCUUCUGACUCCGACACAGAAAUUGUUGUGGACAGUCCAAGUGUCGCGGAUAAUGCCGCAUCAAGAGUUGUGUCUUCUAAUGGGGAUAAUGUUGAUGUCAGAGAUGAAGAGGAUGGUAAAUGUAGUAAUUCUACGGCUGAUUUGUACAUGCCACCUCGCGGGAUGUCAAGGUCGAUGACCCCAAGUCCUCCCUACAUCAGAUUAGCAACACCCAGUACGCCAGGGACCCCUAGGUUGAGGUCAGGGUCAGUUAGUGGUACUACUUUUGCACCGGUGUCACCCAAACCAUCUGCUCGGAACACCCCCAUGGAGAGGCAGAGAGCCGGCAGUAUGGGAGAAAUAGAAAUGCGAGAACGAAUGCAGGGAAUGGUCCGCAUAAAUGAAAGUUUGGAUAUCUUACAGUUGCCACGUCCUCGAAACCCAGGAGGAAUUCUUCCCCAAAAUGGCCAUGACAGUAUGGAUAGCUCAAACGAGGCCCUCAAUCUUAUCAUGGACUUCAAAUUAUCAAAAGAUAAAACUGACAAUCAUUUACUUGGUACAAUGAAUUCAUUCGGCACUUUUAGGUCUGUUGAACCAGUGUCCAGAGUCUCUUCAAGCUCUAAGCGUUCAAAUACCAGUUACUUGAUCAGUAAUAUAAUAAGAUCAACUCCCAACAAACUCAAAACUUCCACAGUAUCAACUCUAAGCAUCAAUUCCCUACGACGUAAUGGCUGCUCCAUUAACGAGGCGAUUGAACGCCCAAAACCAAGCAGUAUCAUUGACAGUGAGGGAGUGGCUAAGAAGAUCGCACGUCUGGACAGUGGGGGGUUUAUGUCUACCAGUACAUUAGAUUCAGUGUGGAGAGCUCCGAGCAGGGAAAGGUCACGAACCCUACUGCCCGGAGUUCGUAUGCUAGGGGACAAAACUCCGCCCGAAAGACCCAAGCCACCAAGAAGAACGGUGCUCUCACCUGCUGACAAUGGACAUCUUGAUCUCACCAUCUCCUCAAGUAUGCGGCGCCAUUCUAGUCCCUCUCAUUCUCAAAGUUUAGCGAAGGAACUCCUUCCCUCGGGUGAGGAUUAUGACGGGGAUGUCGAGAUGUGUCCGCACCUUCAUCACUACCGGUGUCGACUGUGUAACUACGCCACUGGUAGCUAUAACCUUCUACAGAUGCAUUCUACCAAACAUUCAGGUGGAAGCCGGACGUUUCGCUGUUCAGUGUGUGACUUUACAUCUUACGAAAAGGGGAGUUUUCGGCGUCAUCGUCGACUGCACCACAAGACAUCGCCAGUGAACCUUCUCCGUUGCGUCAAAUGCCAGUUUGUUACACCAUUAUCAAGGAAACUGCGCGACCACUAUCAGCAAGCUCAUCCUGAUCUCCCAGCAUCUACGUUACUUCCCGGGCUUACGUCGGGAGGCGGAACCAUUUCUCCCACUCCACUCUCAGGCAAUCACACGCUGCCUCUCGAUACGACUGGAAACAAUACGUAUCCAGCUCACUUCUAUGACAAUUCUCUUCUCUUACACAGAUCUGAUAGACUUACUGAAAGUUUCCCAUACUCUAUGACGAAUCGACAUCCUGUCGAUAUGCCAUUUGAUCAAUACAAUGUGCCAUAUGAGAGUUUCCGUGACCGACAGGGUGAUGCUUUAUCGUCCAGUUAUUUGCGUUCACUCGCACCUUCAGGUUUUCGCUCAUCUCAACAGGCAGCUACAAGCACGGUAACCUCGUCGAGCUACUACAUCCCUUCUGGAGUCGGAGGGUCGCAUAUUCAGGACAUUCAUACAUGUUCAAAUCACGGAACAUGUGAUCAAUCCUGUUCAAACCUUCACACUGGAGUGAAAAUCAAAAUCGAAAAUGAUUUCGAUAUUUCUUCUAGUGUAUCUGGCUGCGCAUUAAAUGCAAGUGGUGUUACGCAUAAUCAUAAUGAUCAAAGAACAAUUUCUCAGGCUGAAGCCAUUUGUGACAACCCACGCCCCCAAGCAAGAGGAUCGCAUACAUCCACUUUUACAAAUGGCAAUUCUACACCCAGGGAAGAUGGUGCAAACAGAUCAGCUACUGUUGAUCACCCGACUGAUCUCACAAGCCCGAAUAGACGCAGAAACAACUUCGCACUUAGUGCUACUAGCCACCAGCUGCCAUACAGGAUUAACGUUGAAAAUAUCGAUCUCGAUACCAGUCAUGACUCUUCGUCAGUCAGCGGCAAUCUUAAAAUUUCAUCCGUGAGUGACACUGUCGUCAAAUCUGACUCCACAGCAAGGGGUGUGCAAUGUGUUCUGCCGCUGAUCAAAACCGAAAUCGACCUUGAUGGUGACUAUUAUGACUUCUACAGUCGACCUCGGUUUGCCGGCAUAGAUCAAGCUAUUCAGUGCAAUCUCCCAGUUUCUGGUCAAAGGUCGCAAUCUCAAGGGUCAGGAAGACUGGGCUAUCGGUCGCAAUCUGCGAGCGAGAGCGACCAAAGUGAACAACAGUCUUGCUGUUCAGAGUCUCGUUGCGAGCACUGUGGGAUAGUUUUUGAUGACGAAGUGAUUUUCUCGAUUCAUCUCGGCUGUCAUAGCCACACGGACCCCUUCCGGUGCAAUGUCUGUGGCAAACAGUGUGGAAACAAAUAUGGUUUCUACUCUCACAUAAUGCGAGGACAUCAUAUCUGAUUGGCUUACAGAGCAUUUGAACGGAGACAAGAAGUAAUAUGUUAAUUCAAAGGCCUUGUGUAUUUUUCCACCAUUUUGGGAAUAAUGGGCCUUACAAAAUGGGAAAAUAUGACAUUAUGACCUGAAUUUGCCUCUAGAAAAUUGAACAAGAAUGCUUUAAAAAGAAAAAUUCAAAAGAUAAGAGAUUUUUAUUGAGAUAGUUGUUAUAAGAAAACAUCAACUUUUCCAUGUAUACAUAAACUGUUUGGGGUAGAAAAAAAUAAUAAUAUAAAAUAGUGGUGAAUUUUUGUCAAAACAAAAUAGGGAAUUUUAUAUUCACAAUUGGAAAAACAGUUUGUGUUUUAGCAAUGGGAAUUAGGGCUUAAUUUCAGCCAAGAAUCUUUUGAGAUAAAACACACAGUACCGGUACUUCUUGGUGAUUUUUUUUUUUCUUUUUGAUGUAAACUUAAGUGGGAUGAUUCCAAAAUCUACUAAUUUUAAAAUUUCAAUAAUUAUUAACUUGAUGACCAGUUUCUUCCUGUUGCUGUUCAAAUAUUGAAUAUGCUCAUGUAUUUUUUACACUUGUAUAUCAUUUUUCAUUGCUUAUGUUUGUACCUUUUAAAUGUUAAAUUUAUAGGUAAUUUAAAAAAGAAAUCUGUAAUGACAUUGGUUGAAAUUUGCGUAAACCCGGAAGCCCACGUUUAGAAAAAUACUUUGUGGGCUUUCUACACUUCUGGAUUUUUUAUAGCUGGGCUUGUUAAAAAAAUUGAUGCCAAGCAUUAGUGCAAGGGUUCAAGCUUGUUCAUCAAAUAGUCUUUAUCGUUAUGACUGUAAUGAUACCCUUGUUAAGCCAUUUCAUAACAAUCCAGGGCCCCAUUUCAAUAAGAUAUCUUAUUUGUAAACCUAAAGCAGAUUAAGAAGUCUCCAUUCUCAUUCAUCCGGCCCCAAUUUCUCGAAACUUCUUAAGUCCCUUAUAACAGGAUUAAGCUAAGCUCACUAUUUUUCUCUUUUAAUAAUUUGCGUGAUAUUUACUUAUUUAAGGGUUUUUAUGCUUUAGACAUAAUCUUUAUAAUAAUCGCAAUAAACCAUUUUUCAUUAAUCAAAAUCCAAUUAAUGUAUGUCCCUUUGGCUAUUAAAUUGAAAUAAGCUACUUAAGCCUGUUAAGCUUUAGAAGUUUCGAGAAAUUGGAGCCUGAGGUUCGAUUAUGAUAAAUCUAAUGCAUAGCAUCAUCACUCUGGUGAACGAGAAGUGCACUGCUGUAAAAAUUAGGGCAGAAUCAGUCGAUUCAUGUUCUUACAAUAUUUUUGUUGAAACACACCUUACAUCCAAAAUGGGGAUAAGUCCAGAAAAUUUAUGAUCGUAAGCUGACGAUCUUUAUUGAAAUGAGGUUCUGGCUCCAAUAUAAGGGAGAUAAUUGUUAUAUAUCUUACUUUGUAACCGUUUAAAUGUAAUGAUUUUUGUGUGGAUAUUUUGCAGAUCCUUUAAUCUAAUGCAGGGGUUCUAAAGAUCGGGUUAAUCCUGAAAUCAGGAUUGUGCCCUUAAAUCUUAGAUUAAUGAACAUUUGUAGAGAUUGUUUAUUGCUCAAGCCCCAAUUUCUCGAAACUUCUUAAGCUUAACAGGCUUAAGUCGCUUAUUUCAAUUAGCCAAAAUACAUACUAAUAAUGGAUUUUAAUAAAUGAAAAAUGGUUUCUUCUAAUAAGCAAACAUAUUCUUCUUAUAUAAUUUAUAAAAACUCUUAAAGAAGUAAAUAUAACGCAUAUUAUAGAACAACAAAAAUAGUGAGUUUAGCUUAAUCCUGUUAUAAGGGACGUAAGAAGUUUCGAGAAAUUAGGGCCUGACGUUUGAUUCCAAAACCGUAUGAAAUUCUUUAAAAUGAGUAUAAAAAAUGACUCUUUUAAAACAAUUUGAGAAUUUUUUUGCCCCUUUACUGCUUCAGGCAUGAAUCCCUCAUACUCAAACAGAUCUACCCCCCACCGAACCCCCACCCCUCUGGCUUUUCAGGAUUUACAAAUAUCAGCUAUGAAAACCCCACCAGCCUUAUAAAAGUGUGCAAAAUUAGUGAAAUGAUUGAAAAGUAGUUGAUACAAAUAUCAAUAUCUACUGGUAAAUUUAAAUUUUACUUCCUUUUAAUUGUUAUAAAAGAAUUCUUUGCUUAAUUAAUCAUAUCUGUAUUGUCCAUAAUGGCAUAUCUUUCGAAAAAUGUAUUGAAUUCAUUCACAAAGCUAAUGUUAAUCAUUAUCAGUUUCACAAAAUGUUAAUAUCAUCUUACGUCAUCAGUGUAAAACUAUUUUAAUUUUUUUUUGCAAUAUUUAACUUCCUCGUUUUGUAUAACAAAACCUGGUAAAUUAAAAUAUUCAAACGUCAUUGCACAUUGUAUCUUCACCAAAGCUAAUAGUCAUUCAUUCUUCAUUCAUUCCAUACAUUUAUUGCAUAAAACAAACAUGUCUAGUAAAGCUUAAUGUUGACAUGCAGUCAUAAAUUCGUCAGAUAAAUCAAAUCAAUUGUAAAACAUGAAUGAAGAACGUAUGAUGUCAACAGAUAUUAACACUGUCUAACAAACCAGAUACAUGGGCUACAAUUUAGAAAUAUUUCAUUCGGUCUUAUCCGACCCACAUUAUAUGAUUUGGGUAGAUGGGUAGUUUUAUUUUACUUUUCCUGGCCAAAGGCCAGAAGAGCUUAUGCAAUGGCACUGUGUUUGUUGUCUGUGUGUCUGAAAACAAUUGCUUGUGGACGUGAUGUGGUCUUCAGUUUUUAUUGUAUCUCAAUUAAACUAAUGUAGUAGUUAAAUAUCCCUGAGAGCUUGGUUUGUUUUUUAAACCAGUCAGAUCUGCCCAUGCAUGACUGGAUUAUGGCCCUUGAAAUGCUGUAGCCGUUGCCAAAGUAUACUCUAAGGGAGACAACUUGUACAGAGAGUUGUGUAUUAUUGUAGUGUUACUCUCCCUUUGCAAAACCAUGGUUUACUGGUUGCUUCCCUUUGAAUGUGGGUUCAGUACAUUGCCUAUUACCAGUAUGAACAUGCUUCAGAUAAAAAAAUACCAAAGAGUCAGUAGAGCAUAGGCCCUCAUUGACCUCUUGUUUUUACUUCAUAUCCCUUAAUUCCGUAAUGAAAAACAUGAACACCAAAAAGGGUUAAAAGACAUUCAGCUGAUGGGAUAUUUUAUGUAAGUCUGUCAGAAAAGGCCACACAUGCUCUUAAUUGGGGCCUGGACGAAUGAUCAUAUAUUUAAGAAAUGUUUGGUUAAGGAAGGAACUAGAUUAUUUAGCUGUACAGAUAUCUGAGUUUGAUCAUACAUAAGUGUUUACUUAUAUGUUUUUAUUUCCCAGUGAGUUUCAAAGACAUAUCUUUGUUCAAAUUUAUUGUACCAGAUGUUAAAACAUUGUUUACUCUUGUUAUUGUGUAUCAUUGUUUUUUUCUUUAAGUCUUGUGUUUUUGCUUGUUUUAAUCUGCUGAUAAGAUAUGGAUCGGCAGCCAUAUGUUGAAGUGCUUUUUUACUCUUUGGGAAAGGAAGCUACAUUAUAUUACCUGGAGCUAUGAUUACGAACAGUCUCAAGUCCAAGUCUAGCGCAGACUCAAAAAAGCACUUUUAUUUAAAUUAAGAAAAGAAAUCACAUUUAUUCCAUUUCUUUUACCAAAUAAAUCUAAAUAAUUUUACAAUUUUAAAUAGUUAUAAAAUUCAGCACAUUUCAUCAUUAAUAUUCAACCAGAUGGGAAGCUUCAAUGAAAUGAAGAUUUUCAGUUUUGGCACUUGAGUCUGAACUCAGACGUGAGACUUUUAGUUACCAUUGCCCCUGGUUUAUUUUUCAUUGAACAGGAAAGCAUUUAUUGCGUAAAAGUGUGAAAUUGUGUAUGUAACUUGUACAAAUAUUAUUGUAGCCACAGACAGUACACAUUCCCUUACAGUGGAGUGUUAUUGUGUAAUGAGAGUGUUAGACCAUGUAUAAAUACUAGGCUUUAAGCCAGGCUUUAAAAAGGGCAGGGUUCUGCAGAAAAGGGACAGAGUGCUUAAGGAGAAAAGGGCACAUAGUAUUGGGCUAUUAGGACCUUAAAUAUUAUUAAUUUGAUAGAAAAUACUAGGAAUAAUGUUUAUUUUCAGUAAUAUUUCUUUUCAACUGUCAAAUUUAUAUGUAAAAUUUGAAUAUAUAUAUAAUCAUUUAAUCUAAAGAACAGAAAUAUUUGAUCUUCUUAUGCAAGUAUUCUAUGAGGGCAGAAGAGUGCACAUUCUUGUCUGUAUGAUGGCAAAAGGGUGUUACCAAAAAGGAACAAACCACAGUACCCAUCCUUAACUUUUGAGCUCAAACCCCAAAAUAGAUUUAUGCAUGUGAUUUUGGCUUGUAAUUGUAUCUUUAAAAGAAAGAAAUAUGAAGCUGUAAUUUUGCGCUAUCAAAUUUGUUGGGAAAUAUGAUAUUUGAAAAAUUGCAUGAUGCAUUCAAAAGGAAAAAUACCCAAGUCUGGAAAACGCUUAAAUUAUAUCAUGCAUAUAUAUAUAUAUAUAUAGAAAUGGAGCAUAAUAAACUGUUUAUGUCUGCAUUAUUUUUUUGGCAAAAUGGUUGUUUUUGUAUUAGCUUUUGUUACAUUUUUUUCUGUGAUAUUCAGAUAGAUCUGUUAUUUGUUUGUUUCGCUUUGCAUCUGACAAUUGUCUUGUUUGUUUUUUUUGCAUUUCGAAAGAUUUAUCUGUUUAUUUUUUGUAUCCUGUUCAUUUUCGAGUAUAAUGUUAAUUGCUACUUGAAGUUAAGGAAAUUCAGAGUUUGGGCUAUCCUAUAACCACAUGUAUGGUAUCAUACGAUCGCUUUUUCAACUUCAUAUUUCAGAGAAGUUAGAAUGUAUAUUUCAAAACAGAGAUUAUAAUAAGUCAGCUUAUGUGAACUUUUCAGUUUGAUUUGCCAUACUCAUAAAAUGUGUAACUGAAUUUUUAUGCCCCCUUUUGAAAAAAGUGGGGUAUAUUGUUUUGCACAUGUCGGUCGGUCGGUCGGUCGGUCGGUCGGUCGGUCGGUCUGUCUGUCUGUCGGUCGGUCGGAAUACCAAAUGGUUUCCGAUCAAUAACUUGAGAACGCUUUGACCGAGGGACCUCAUACUUGGUAUGUGUAUUGGUCAUCACCAGCAGAUGAACCCUAUUGAUUUUGAGGUCAGUGGGUCAAAGGUCAAGGUCAGUGUGACCUUUACAUGAAAAACGGUUUCCGAUCAAUAACUUGAGAACGCUUUGACCCAGGAACCUCAUACUUGGUAGGUGUAUUGGUCAUGACCAGCAGAUGAACCCUAUUGAUUUUGAGGUCAGUGGGUCAAAGGUCAAGGUCAGUGUGACCUUAACAUGAAAAACGGUUUCCGAUCAAUAACUUGAGAACGCUUUGACCCAGGGACCUCAUACUAGGUAGGCUUAUUGGUCAUGACCAGCAGAUGAACCCUAUUGAUUUUGAGGUCAGUGGGUCAAAGGUCAAGGUCAGUGUGACUGUAAGCUGAAAAAAGGUUUUCUGAUUGUCCAUAUUUUAUUUAAGUGUCCAAAUCCUACUAACAAUUUCGCUCCCAAGGGGGCAUAAAUGUUUCACUAACAUCUCUUGUUUAAUCUUACAAUAUUGUUUUUACGCUAGUUGGUAAGAUUGGCGCAAAGGGCAUAGAAUUAUACAAUGAAAAGUAGUAUUUUCAAUUCCCCCAAUAAAAAAAUGUGGUACAUGUAUGGUUUUAAAAUGUAAGAAAUCAUUUGAAACGAUCAAGUAUUACGAUAUCAUGUAAUUUGGGUUUACUAAUUAUCCCAUUUUCAAUUUAUCGGUAUACCAUGCAGUUUACAAGUUUAAAAUGUAUGCCUUGACUGUGUUUAAAACUGUCGCAUGUUGCGGAAUAAAUAUUUUGUGGAAUAGUUUAUUGAUGGCCUCACAUGCGAUCAAAAUGCAGAAGCUACAAAAUCCAAAGUUUUUCAGUAUUGUCGCUGGCAACGUGUGUACCAAGUUUCAUUGAACGAAGGGCUUGGAAUUAAACAAAGAAAAAUAUACCAGUAUUUUCAAUUCCCCCUAUUAAAACAUGUAUGGUUUUAAAAUGUAAAAAAUCAUUUGAAACAAACAGGUAUUACUAUAUCAUGUAAUGCGUGUUACGUUAUAAAUACUUCGUGGAAAAGCUUAUUGAUGGCCUGGUCACAUCAAAACGCAGUAGCUACAAAAUCCAAAGUUUUCAGUAGCAACUUUUUUUGUAUUUCUUGGUAUUUUGAUCACACAUUGUUUGUUUACAAAAUGCCGAAGUUACAAAUUCUGAAGUUUGGCAUUUCUAUUUUUCUGUAAGAUGUCUAGUCAUUAUGUUUGACAUUUUGAUCACAUGAUUCAUCACCAUUUCCUCAUUGGAUGAUUUAUUCUGCAAUUUGCUACUAUAUACCGCUCGCCUUUAUGAUUUAAAAGAUGUAAAAAUUCCGAAAUCGGAAAAAAUGCAGCUUCGGCAUUUUGACAUGCGGCCAUCAUGUUUGCAGAGCAUUUCACAUUCUACUCCACAUAUAGAAAGCUUUUUGUAUAUAAUCAGCAAAGAACCUUGUUCAAUACUUUUUUAUCUUAUUUUAAAGCUGCACUCUCACAGAUAGACCAUUUUAAAAACUUUUUUUUAUUUUUUUGUCUUGGAAAGUUCAAGUUUUCGCAGUAAGAUCUGCAAACCAAUGAUAUAAGAUUGCUGACAAAAAAUCAGGUCGUAGAUUUUCAUAUUUCCGUUUGAAAAUUAAUGUUUUAUGACUUAAAAAGUGAUCAAUUUUUUAACUUAAAUAUAAAAAUUAGCAAUCUGAUUUUUUGGGCAGCAGUCUUAUAUCACCGGUUUCCAUGGCUUUUCGCAAAAAUUGGCUCGUUCCAAAAAAAAAAAGGUUGUUAAAAUGUUCAAUCUGUGAGAGUGCAGCUUUAAUUUCACGUUUAUCCCUCGAAAUGAAAGAAAAUCCAUUCUCAGUCUGCAAUCAUUUAUGUCUUAAAAUUCUUGAUGUAAAAAGCUUGAGACAUUUGAAACCACCAAAAAAUCAUGAAAUGUGAAUACCUGUUGUUUCAGAUACGUAACAUCAAAUUUGAGGAUAGCCCACUUUUUCUUGGAAAAGAGGGUGGAAGAUUUAAAGCAAAUAAAGAUAAAGAUUUUAAAAUGAAAAAGAAUGUACAGAGGGUUACUAUUUUGUGUUUAUUUGCACAUUACUAAGCUCUUAAGAAGUUAAGUUGGUAAAGGCUGGGAGCAGCCCACAAAAUACAAUUUGAUUGUUUAAUAAGGCAAAAACUAUUGCCACCUUUGCAAGUGUUUGCUCAAGCCAGUACAUUCAUGUAUGUUUAAACUACUAAAUAACCAAUGUACUGAAAUCAUUUAAUGAUUUUUUCAUCAGAAGCCAUUUGAAUAAUUAAAUCGUGAUUCUUUCAUCGAUCCGAUUGGUGCCAACACUGAGUAUAUUUCCGAUUCAAACAAUAACUUGUGAUUAAUAAUUUUGAAUUGGGAUAUAUAUGUAUCAAAAGAACUUGGCACUUAUGUCAACAGUAUGGGGCAUCAUUUUUAAGCUUGUCAAUGUUAAAAAAAAAUGUCUGGAUAUUUUGAAAUAGCCUUGGGUGUCGUAAUUGGCAUCUUCAGCGUGGAAAACUUGGCCAUAACUCAAAACUCAUUUGAGAUCUUUCAAUGAAACUUGGUACACAUGUUGCCAGUGACCAUACUCACAUGUACAGCAAGGCUUUAAUGUUAAUAGAUUAUGACCGUUGCUUGACUAGAAAACAGAAUAUAAGAGUGUGGGUGCUGGCUACGCCGCGCUCUUUUUAAUACAAGUACUGUUAGGUCUAAGGAGGUCCAUAGCUCAAACUUCAAGGCCACAUUAAAAGUUUAAGCUUCAUUCACUAUGUAAUCAUUCAUGGCUCAGCUUAUACUCUGCUUUAAAUGAUGAAAGAAAAAAAUCAUACUAUUUUAAAAUCAUUUGUAAAGUUAUGUUAACAUACUUAUAGUUCUGCUUUCUGUUCAUAUUGUAUCAGUUCAUAAACUUACGUUAUUGUAUUGUGUUUUAAUCAUAUUGUUAUCUUUUUUUAAAUAUCGCCUAUCUCCUUAGGGGGUAUAUUGUUGAAAGGAUUGUUUCAUGACAUUAUCUUGAUUUUGUAAUCAUUUGUUGAUCUCAGCAAGGCAGCUUAUGACCAUUUGUUCACUGAUAGCCUCAUUAGCAAUUAUAAUGCUUUUAUCUACUGUACACAGUUGCCAAGAUGUAUGACUUUGUGCUAUAAUUAUAUUUAGUGUCGUGAGACCUAUUAUAUUUAGUGGCGUGUGACCUAAAUUCAAAGUAAAAUCUGCAUUUUUUCAAUUCAGAUCUUGUUAUUUUUUCCAAAUAUUUUGCAAAACUUACCCACCUACAUCCAUGGAGUCGGGGAUUUCUGCCUUGUUCUUCACAAAACUGGGAUUUUUUUUUAUAACUAAUGAGAUCAUAUGCUUACAAUUCUCUUUUUAACCAACCAUAAACUGCAGUUUUUCAAACAGAACUGCAACUGAAAAAAUAGCUUAUAAAAUCUGAUUGGGAAUUUAUAUUCAACUUUAAGUUAAGAAAAUAUUUAUUUUAUUUGUAUGUCUACUUUUUGGGGAGGGGGGUGGGAGCUUGGGGGUAACAAAAUAUCAUCUGUGAAAAUUGCCCCCCCCCCCCCAAAAAAAAAAACCCGUUUCAAUUGCAUCUUUAUGACAUUUUUGAAUUAGUAAGUAAAUUGACCUCAAAAAUGAUACAUAAUAUUCUGUGGGGGGUCUACCAGCUAUGUUAUGCCUUCCAAAAAAUAGAUAUACUUCCUGCACAAUUUAUAUCUACUUAAAAGGUUGUAAACAUUCAUAUAUCCUUAUAUGGAAAGUUAUGUCCUGAUAUGAAGUGACCUGGAAGUCUUUUUCACAUACGGCACGCUUUAUAUAGUAACAUAUUACAUCGGAGGUCCGAUUGCAUAGUUUACAGAUUUAGACAAGACUGGUCAGUCCUAAUAAGGAUUUAUCCUGAACAAAUUAAUGGAGUUGUUAUAACAAGGGUCAUUUCUCCUGGCAACUGUGUCUAGUUAUGAUGAUGUUGCUAUUUGACAUUUUAAUUAUGAUAUAGUCAUUGUUAUUUCAUUUCAGUGGCCAUGAUUACGAACAGUCACAAGUUUAAGUCUAAACUCAGACUCAGAAAAGCGUUUUUAUUAAAUUACAAAGAAUCAUCUUUAAUCCAUUCGUUUUAGAAAAAUAUAUCCUUGUACGAUUUCGAAUAGUGAUAAAAUUCAGCAAAUGUCAUCAUCAAAACUCAACUGGGAAGAAAGUAACAAUGGAAUGAAGAUCUGCAGUUUUGUCACUUGAGUCUGAACUAAGACUUUAGACUGUUCGUAAUUAUAAUGGCCCCAGUGGCUAUGAUUACGAACAGUCUCAAGUCUAAUUAAGUCUAGACUCAGACUCACAAAGCAUUUCUAUUAUAUUACCACGGACCUUAUAUAUUACAAAGAAUAUGCUCUUUAUUGCAUUCCGUUUAUAAAAAUAAAUGUGAGUACCUGUACGGAUGGUUAUAAAAUUCAGCGAAUGUCAUCAUAAAUACUCAACUAGAAAGUGUAAUGAAAUAAAGAUUUGCAGUGUUACCACUGAGUCAGAACUCAGACUUAAUUGAGACUGUUCAUAAUCAUGGUCCCAGGUCUAAUGUGUACCAUGAUUUAAGGUAUUCCAACCAUCUUUAAGAUGCCUGGUAGCUCUAUGGUCUUAUAAGUCUGGCAAAAGAAUGAGGGAGCACUCCACAAAUAGAGAACAAAAUAUUUAUAGUACAAAAAAUUGUCCAAAAGGAUAUUACAAAUUGGACUUUUUGGCUCUGAAAGGUUGAAAAUAAUGGGGGCUACCAGUCGUCAAAUUAUAAUCUGACACAGGAGUUUUUAAGUUCAUGAUUUAUUACUGUAAUCUGGAUUAAGAGCUUUUACUUCAGACUUUUUUACUGUUGUAAAAAUUAUUUUGUUUGCUUCAGAAACUGUAUGAAGUACAUUGGAAUGAAUAUAAAUGCCUUUGUAAACAAUUUCAAAAAGGGUCUAAGCCCCUUUACCCUGCUUUUGGCAUGAAUCCCUACUAAAAUAGUCACCCAGCUAUUUUUAGGCUUAACCAUUAUCAGCUGUUGGAACCUCUGAUGAAAGUCAAUGUGACUAUAAACAGUAAAUCUUACCAAAUGAUGAAAUACAUUAAAGGCCUCUAGUUUAAGGAAUGUUUGGCAUGACAAUCCCCUACUGUGCAUCUUCUGCUAAUUCCAAUGAUGUCACAGUAGGGGCCAAUUUCCUGUUUAUUUCUUUAUUGGCUCAGGACCAUUUGGGGUCCAUUUCUAUAAUAAAACCUCCCAAACUGCACAGCAUGAUACUCAGAUCAGAGAUCUGAUAAGAGGGAUCAAGGCAAGUGUAGAUUAAGAACAAUACACAGAGGUUGUGUACUGUACACAGAAUGGGGGGGGGGGGUGCGGGUCACUUAUAGUCGGCUUAAACUAGUAAACUAGGCCUUUGACGCUUAUCAACUGUUUGAACCCCUUAUUACAGUCAAUGUAACUAUAAACAGUGAACUCUACCGAUGGAUGAAACACCUUAAGUUUGCUUUAUCGUGCUUAUUGUGAUGUUAUUGACAUUAUGCCUUAAAAAGUUCAAAUAUGUUUGAUUUUUUUUUGUGAGAAAUGUUUUAUAUGUAGUGUUUUUAUAUUUGCAAAUUAAAAGGUAACAGCAUU